AUGAAAGUUAUUUCGUUUAACCAACCACAAUAUCUACAUUAUACUGAUGAAAAAGAUAGAGCAGAGAGAAUUGUUAAUAUUCUCUCUAACAAAGAGGUGUUAACUUUGUAUGAUUCAAAUAAUAGUUUAUUAACAUCUAAAACAAUAUUUAAUUACAUCCAAAGAGAACGAGAUGUUUAUUUUGUUGCAGAAGAUGAUAAUGAUAAUUGUUUUGGUUGUUAUAUAUCAAAAGCACCAUCAUAUAUGGGAAUUGGAAUAACAGAUCAACACCAUUACAUCUUUUCUUGUUCAUUAGAAAGUGAUGAAAUAAAUACAUUUGAUUAUCGGAUACUCACUACAUCUGUUUACAUCCCAUUAGAUUCAACUAUCAUUUUUAAUUGUCCUUCUGCUUUUUCUGUUGAUGACCAAUUAAAUUGUUCAUUCUCUAAAGAUAUUAAUGUCAUUUAUAUGAAGGAACCUAAUUCGUAUUGUGAUGUUUCUAAGUAUUUUCCAUGUGUAGAAAAUCAAAAUUCAAUUACAUUGAAAAGAAUACCUUUCUUUACAUCAAAUACUAUUAUUAGUGAUAAUUUGUAG